AUGGAUUUUGCCCUGUCAACCAGGCAAAAGGCCAAAACAAAAUUACACACAACUUCCCUCUCUCACCUUUCUUCAUCUCCUCACUGUGGUUUCUCUCAGCUGCCUGCGUUUCCCUCUCUCCCAGAAAUUCUACGACAGUCUGAGAAAAAUCCAGUUGGAGUGGAUUUUGUGGGGGUGCGAAAAAUGGAGGCAAGAAUGAACAAGUAUAGGCAAGUCAGCCCUGAACGUGCCAAAGUGUGGACUGAAAAAUCGCCCAGAUAUCACUACAAUAACCAUCACUAUAACCAGCACCAGCAACAGCAGCAGCCGCAAAGCAAUCGAAAGGUGCCGGUGGUUUACUAUCUGUGUAGGAAUCGGCAGCUCGAGCAUCCCCAUUUCAUGGAAGUCCCUCUAUCUUCAUCUGAUGGCCUUUACUUGAGAGAUGUGAUUGAAAGGCUUAAUUCUUUGAGGGGCACAGGGAUGGCUUCGCUGUAUUCUUGGUCUUGCAAGAGGAGUUAUAAGAACGGGUUUGUGUGGCACGAUCUUUGCAAUGACGAUUUAAUCCUUCCUGCUCAUGGGAAUGAGUAUGUUCUCAAGGGCUCGGAGCUCUUUGAUGAAUCCAAUCUCGGCAACUUCAGCCCUGCAGCUGAAAUAGUCACUCUCCGUAACCAAAAAGCACUUCCCGAGCCACCACUAUCUUCCAGAAGUCAGGAUGAGUCGUCCUCCUCAUCCAGCCUCAACCCCAAAACCUCCCAGGAAGACGAGUCAUCUCCACCCGAUCAACAACCUUCUCCAUCCUGGAACAACUCCCUCAGCCUGGCUGAGUACAAAGUCUACAAAAAUGAUGGCCUCUCGGAUGCCGCCACCCAAACCGACGACAACUCCGCCACCUGCAUGAGGGGCGCGAAAGCAAAUUAUGCAAUCUUUGUCUCCCCACCUCAGUCGACGUCAAGCGCCUCCUCGUCAAGUGGCAGAACGGACACAUUGGAAUCACUCAUUAGGGCCGAUGCCAAAAAGUUGAAUAGCUUCCGGAUCCUCGAGGAGGAAGACUUCCGGGACCCGCCAUCAAAGCUGAAGGCUUCCAACAUGAUAAUGCAGUUGAUCUCUUGCGGCUCAAUAUCAGUGAAGGACCACAACAGCUUCGGGAUAAUCCCGACCUACAGGCCGAGAUUCUCGCACUCCAAGUUCCCAUCCCCGUUGUUUUCGAGCUCGUUGAUGCUUGGUGGGGCCGAUUGCCUGGCUCAAAAUCCCCAUCGGGUGGGCAUGGAGGAUAAGGAGUACUUCAGCGGGAGUUUGGUCGAGAUGAGUAUGGUCAGGGAAGGAGCGCCUCAUCUCAAACGUUCGUCAUCAUUCAAUGCUGACAAAAGUAGCGAGAAAUUUGGGUCAACUGGAGACAACAAGGAUGAGGAAAGCUCCACACGCACAAAGUGCAUCCCUCUAUCAAUCAAGGCUUCAUUAAGCAAACAGCCAAGAUGCGAAUCAAUGAGGUCCCCUCUUUCCACGGGGCCCAGGAUCUCGUCCGACCGGGCUGAGAGCUCGCGCACGACGACACCUGGCACAUCCAUCGGCGGGAGCAAGAGGAUGACUGAGCCUCUCCCAGUAAACAAACAAUCCCAAGAAUCGGAUUCUACCAGCUGUCACGUUGAGAGCGUGAUCAAGAUUGAAGAAAGCUUGCUUCGGGAGCUCGGGUUAUAA